AUGUUUCAAAAAAUUAUUCUAGGACAAUUGUUUAUUUUAAUCAUUGCUAUAAAUGAUGUCUUAUCAUAUGUACAAAAUUAUGAUAAAUUAAAUUGUCCAUCUAUUUUACAUUUUGAUGAAGAUGGUCAUCAUGGAUCUGUAUAUUCUCCUAACUAUCCAUCAAAUUAUUCAGAUGGUGAUGAAUGUGAAUUUUUAAUUAAAGUUCCUGAAAAUUAUACAAUACAAUUAAUUGUAUAUGAUUUUAUAACAGAAUCAUGUUGUGAUACAUUAUAUAUAUAUAAUGGUGCUGGUAAUAAUUUAAUAGAAGUUUUACAAGGUGUUGUUACUCCUGGUACAAUAAUUAAUUCAAAUAAUGAAAGUGAAAUAUUUUUAAGAUUUAUGAGUGAUUUAACUAAUACAUAUAAAGGAUUUUAUAUUGAUUAUCAUGCAGUACCUAUAUUUAAUAUACAAAAUCCAACUACAAAAAAUCCUCUUGAUAAAAGUGAUUGUCCAUUAACAAUAUUAAAUGAAACUGUUGCUGGAAUAUCAUCACCAAAUUGGCCUGAUUUAUAUCCAUUAGAUAUAACAUGUGAUUAUUUAUUAGGAGCAAAUAAUACAGAAAAUUAUGUAUCAUUAGAAUUUAUUACAUUUUCUACUGAAUCAUGUUGUGAUUAUGUUAAAAUAUAUGAUAAUAUUAAUGGUGAUGAUGAAUCUAAACUUAUUGCUCAAGUUAAAGGAUCUAAUUUAACACAAACAAUAUUUACCUCUACAACUCCUAAUAUGUUUUUACGUUUUUAUUCUGAUUUAACAAAUAAUUAUAAAGGUUUUAAUGCUAUAUUUCAUUUAAUACCUUUUCCAACAUAUUUUAUUCAUAAACCAGUUGAAAGAAAAAAUAUAACAAUUAUUUAA